GAAAGUUGUACGAUAGGCUAAAAAUCGCUGUACGAUAGGUUAUAAGCCAACGAUGGCUUAUACACGUCAAUACGAAUCGACUACCAGCGGUUUAAAUUUCGAUCGUUUUGUGGAUCGAUUUGAUGAGCCUACCUUAAAUAGAAUGCGCCAGCAAUAUUGGACAGCUAAGCAGUUAAUCAGGAAAAAACUGGGAAAGAAGGAAGAUGAACAUUUGUUAGCUUCAGAUGCGGAAUUGGAUACAAAAGUAGCUCUGUUUCGGUUUGUUCAAGAAACAUCUGAUCAAUUGCUUUGCUGUAUCGAUAACUAUCAAAAUUAUUUAAGCGAAUUAGUACAAAUGGAAUUUGAAUUGAGUAAAAUGUUGAAAGAGGAUGGUGGCACAGAAGUGACAGCUGCUGGCCGCGUUAUGGUUGCUGUUGCCAGAGUAUUGGCGCUUUCAGUACAUCAUAGAUUACAAAUUCGAAAUCCUCUGCUACGAUUCUUUGGUGAGCUUCAUGUUUUCACAGAAAGAGCAAUCAUAGAUUGUGCAGAUACAGUGGAUGCUGCAGAAAAAGCUAGGACUGAAUACAGAGGAUCAUUAUUAUGGAUGAAAAAAACUAGUAAAGAGCUUGACCCAGACGCAGAAAAUAUUUUGGAAAAGUUCCGUACAGCACAAAGUGUUGUUAGGCGAAAUAAAGAAAAAUUGGACAGUUUGAAAUUGGAUACUCUUCAAAAAGUGGAUUUGUUGGUCGCUAGUCGCUAUAAUUUGUUUUCGCAGCUGUUGGAAUCUUAUCAGAAAUUAUUAUACAACUACUAUGUGCAAACAACGCUGGCAUAUGAGAAGAUUUAUGAUUUCGUGUCUAGUCGCAAACAUUACGAAUUUGAAGUACUAAUGGAUCUGAUUGAACCUUUAAAAGACCUUGUUUGUGAGAAUGACGAUCAAAUUACAACUAUCGAAAGAGAACCCGAAAGCCUAAUUGAGCUCGAUCAAUGUGAACAGGAAAUGGAGCAAGUGCUACAAGAUUUAGAGAAUUUGAAUGGGCACGAUUUAUUGGGCAAUAGAAUUGAAAGCCCACUGGGCUUACCAAGAGAAUGUCAAAACAGUGAUAACAUUGAACCAACAAGCGACAUAACAGGGCAAACAUUAGUAUCAAUUGAACCAAAUCCAAUGAAUGAAAUAUCUAGCACUACAAUUCCAGCUAUAGCUCCACCACCAGGAUGGAAGUUAAGUAGAAAUGUUGACCGCUGUCCACCUGAUCUGAUGGUUUUACUGUCUUUGGAUGAUGCUGCUGAAGUAAACUCAUUCACAUCUGACUGGUUAAAGCUAACGGCAAAUGUACCUACGCCUCUUGCAGUAACUGCUUCAUCUAUUCCGCCAUCUCCGUCAUCAUUAGCCCUACCAUCGCAACUGCUGCAAUUUCCUUCGAUUGAGAGCGGUUUCCCGAAUCCGUUCGCAGAUUCGACAGAUUCGAAUUUCGAUGUUUGGAAAGGGAUUUGGAAGGAAUCUGAAACAUCUGAAGUCAGUGGUAGCGGAGUGUUUAAGAAUUGCUGACUUGGGCAUUUGCCCAAUUUCUCACAUCCUGCAAAAUCUUGAAUGUUGUUUCAUUUCUGAGGAUGAGCUCAAACGCUUCCUUUAUAUAUACGUAAGGGAUGCUGGAGAAUUAAAGAUAUUCGAAUCGAA